AAGCAAAGGGCGAGCAGCCUUUCAGGGGGGGCGGGUGCUAAGUUCCUCUAUGUUAAACCCGUUGUGCGGGUCCAAUCUCGUGAAAUACGACCAUGUUUCAACCGCGGCGUAUGCUUGUUUUACAGAACCAGCCCUGAAGAUAUUGGGAAAUGACCGAAAAAUCCCUUGGAUUGCUUGUCAAUCAGACCACCAUCGCGCUUGUUGAUCAAAGCAGUCGAGAACAGUGGCAAGCACCGGAUAAUGGCCUCCUUGCGGCCCAGUAUCAUGGACUUCAGCCAUAAUCAAAGGUCGAGAUCACUCGAACAAGCGCUCGAUCAACCCUGAUUGGCGGCCUAACCCUUCAUCCAGCACUCCUCCCCCGGUCAAUCUGCUCCAUGUUGGGGAGACUCCUCCGGCCCCCAGAUGAGCUCGUCUCAGCGUUGAUCUACCGAACCUACUCACUGGUGCAUUUUUGUAUGCCUGAGUUGAGCUCACCCCAGUUAGAGUAGCAUUGAAGCGACUCAAUACCUAAACGAGCUACCCAAGCCUCCAUAGCCGUCUUUCCGUCCCGGGUGAUCCCAAACACACCAUCUCCAGCUCAAAACUCCACCUCACUGUGCCUGGUGCAUGCUCCGGCCCCAAUACACGAAUGAUUGCUCAUGGGAACUUGACAACACUAUCCCGGUCUCUGAAGCUCCACGGUGACAAUGCAUGGGGUUGACUUGACCGGGGUGGUUUGUGUUGUUGCUGCUGCUGCUCCAGAUGUUAUCUUUAUAAGAAGCAGUGCAAACCCGGGGAACCCUGAACUUUUUUACUUGUCCAUCUCUCCACACGAGAAGCAUCACUACCCCAUACAUUGGGCCAAGUCUAGAAUCAACCCAACACAUCGUUGGUCGAUUGUUCCAAGCUCACAAUGGCUCUGCCAAAGUUCCUCCAGCCUAUCGGCUCCAAGGUCCCAGCCCAUAGCGAUCGGGUACCUCUCGAUAUUGCACAAGCUGAGGCUCCCAGAUUCGAAAAGGUGAUCUGGUACAAGGAGCCUCACUUGCGUAAGCUCUACUUCCUCAUUAUCUUCCUGCUGAUCGCCUCGGCCACCACUGGAUACGAUGGUAUGAUGGUCAACACCUCUCAGCAGAUGGACAAGUGGAAGGAGUAUUUCCCUGAGGAGAAGAACGAAAGCAAGCUCGGAAUCCUUAUCAACAUGUACAAUAUUGGUUCUAUUGUCUCCUUCUUCAUCGUCCCCUACCUCGCCGAUAACUGGGGCCGAAAGCCCACUAUCAUGCUUGGCUGUGUUAUCAUGAUCACUGGCUCUUUCGUCUCUGCAUUCUGCAAUGGCUACGGCAUGUACAUGGGCGGCCGAUUUGUUCUUGGUUUCGGUAACUCCCUGGCUCAAAUGUCCUCACCUAUGCUUCUCACCGAGAUCUGCCAUCCCCAACACCGUGGUCCUCUUACAGCUGUCUACAACUGUCUCUGGAACUUGGGUUCCCUGAUCGUUUCCGUUGUCGGCUGGGGCACUGCUUCCAUCAAUGGUCACUGGUCGUGGCGAUCCAUUACCUUCAUCCAGGCUGUCCCCUCCAUCAUCCAGCUUUGUGGUAUCUGGUGGGUCCCUGAGUCACCCCGUUUCCUCAUCAACAAGGACAAGCCAGAGGAGGCUCUCCAGGUUCUUGCCAAGCACCAUGCUGGUGGUGACGUGAACAACGCCACAGUUCAGUUCCAGUACCGUGAAAUCAAGGAGACUAUCCAGGCCGACAAAUCUGUCACAUCUACCCGAUACAUCGAUUUCUUCAAGACAAGCGGUAACCGGUGGCGUCUUGCUAUCAUCAUCUCCCUCGGUAUCAUUUCUCAGUACUCUGGUAACGCUCUCUUCUCCAACUACAUGGAUGUCAUUUACGAGGGUGCUGGGAUCAAGGAGCAGAACAAGAAGCUUGCCCUCUCUGCUGGAAAGACCAUUCUCGAUCUGUCCAUCUCCAUUGGUGCUGCCUUCACUGUCGACAAGGUCGGACGUCGUCCUCUUUUCCUCACUGCCAUCUCCGGUAUGGUCUUCGCUUUCAUCCUCUGGACCCUCACCGGUGGCAUUUACGAGAACUCCCAAUAUAAGACCCCUGCCACCGAGGAGCAGCCUGAUGGUGGUGUCGCUUACUCCAACACUGGUGCUGGCUAUGCCCAGAUUGCUUUCGUCUGGCUCUUCGGUAUCUUCUACGAUAUCGGUUUCUCCGGUCUACUCGUUGCCUACGCUCUUGAGGUUCUUCCCUUCCACCUCCGUGCCAAGGGUAUGAUGAUCAUGAACAUCACUGUUCAGGCUAUCCUUGCCAUUGGAAACCAAACCAACAAGCUUGCGUGGAAUAACAUGCCCAACCACUGGAACUUUAUGCUUUUCUACACCCUCUGGGACUUCUGUGAACUCAUCUUCGUCUGGUACUUCUACGUCGAGACCAAGGGACCCACUCUCGAGGAGAUCGCCCGUAUCUUCGAUGGUGACGAUGCUGUUGCUCACAUCGAUCUCGCCCAGGUCGAGAAGGAGACUAACCUCACCCGCCACGAGUCCAACACUUUCGAGGACUACCCGCCCCCCAAGUCGCUUGCUUGAAGCAAUGCUAUGUAAUUUCCGUACGGCUUUGGCUAUGCUCAGGCAAACUAGUUGUACUGAGACGGCCUCUGCAAUCUUUGACAGGAGUUUUUCCAGCAAGCGCAUUCUGAUGUAAUAGGGAUGGACGACGUCUCAACGAACUGAAAAGCAGAAAACGAACAAACUAUACUUUCAUGUCGUCGUUGUUAGGUUCUCUAAAUUUUAUACCACUCCUCUUCUCAAAUCUUGUGCCACGUCGUUGCAAGUACCGUGAUCACGUAGAGUCUAAGCAAUCAGCCAACGAUGUCAAGAAAACUACAAGAAACAAUGUACAAAAUUGGAUCUCAG